UGUGAUCGUAAUCGGAGGAGGGGGUGGUCGUUUGUGUGUGUGUGUGGCACCAACACGAAGUCUCAGAGCCUCAGAGACAAUUGUUCUGUGUGCGUGUGUGUGUGUGUACCCGCUGUGUGUGCGUGUGUGUGCGUGUGUGUGCGCGCGUGCGUGUGUGUGUGUGUGCGUGUGUGUGUGUGUGUGUGUCCGCUCCCGUAAAGGCAGGGGUGGAGGAUCCAGUGGUAGCUACAGCUGCUCGGCUUCCCUGCCCGGCUCCGGCAGCCCGCUCCAAUCCUGCUGAGGACGUCUCCUUAGCAUCAGAAACAGAGCCUGGGAAGCUCCGGGCCUGAACACCGCCUGGGAGAACCCGAGGGGCGGGAGAGAAGGAGGAGGAGGAGGAGGGGGAGGAGAUCGCGCAUCCUUCUCGACCCUCCUCCCCCUCCCCCUUGUCUCUCUUCUCCUCAACCCCCUCCUCCUCCCCUGGUUCUUCCCGCGCAUAUUCCCCCCUUCCUUGCUAGCGCUCCCUCCCCCCCCCCCCCGAUUCAUCCUCUCCCCAGAUCCCUCCUCCGGUCCCCCUCCCCUUCUGCUUCUUCCUCCUCCUACAGUAGCGACUGCUUCCCAGGCGCUCGGAGAUGGGCAGCGAGAGCGCGCGUAGCAGCAGUACCAGCUCCCGGGCCGCUGCUGCCGCUGCUCUCCCCUUUCUCCCUGACUGGACCGCGCGCCUUCCUCAGCACACCGCCGCCACGCAGCCCUCUCUCUCCCAGUAAAUGGCGCUUUUCCCUUAGGACGGGCUUAUAAAGCAAGAGUUCAAGGAUUGGACAACAAAUUAAAACAUUAAAAACCUGCCCUGUCUUUCUGUCCUCUUAUAAUAAUCCAUGAUAUAGUCUUCAAAUUGAUAAUUCUUGGCUGCUUUUAAUUACCUUCACGCUAUAAUGGGUGGAUCAGACAAGAGAACUAUUGCCACUGUGUAGUCUUAUGGUAUUCCUGCAAUACACCUUAUAUGAUAAAAAAAUUAUGACAUCAACAUCCAAAGGAAUUUUUCGCCCAUUUUUAAUCACCUGCAUUAUCCUGGGGUGUUUUAUGGCAUGCCUGCUCAUUUACAUCAAGCCUACCAACAGUUGGAUCUUUGGCCCCAUAGAGACAAGCAGCUCUGUACUGAAAAUGAAAAAUUUCUUUUCCAGCAAAACUGAUGAUUUGAAUGAAACCAUCAUAUUGAUUUGGGUAUGGCCUUUUGGACAGACAUUUGACCUUUCCUCCUGUCAACCAAUGUUUAACAUCCAUGGGUGUCAUCUCACCACAGAUCGAGCGCUUUACAACAAAUCCCAUGCUGUUCUGAUUCAUCAUCGAGACAUCAGUUGGGAUCUAACUAAUUUACCCCAGCAGGCUAGACCACCAUUCCAGAAGUGGAUUUGGAUGAACUUGGAAUCUCCUACCCACACACCGCAGAAGAGUGGCAUUGAACACCUCUUCAAUCUAACUCUGACUUAUCGCCGAGACUCAGAUAUACAAGUGCCUUACGGCUCCAUGAAGGUCAGCACAAAUUCUCUUGUGUUUGAAGUGCCAAGCAAGAAGAAGCUGGUGUGCUGGGUUGUCAGUAACUGGAAUCCUGAGCAUGCAAGAGUCAAAUAUUACAGCGAGCUAAGCAAAAGCAUUGAAAUUAAUACCUACGGACAAGCAUUUGGAGAGUAUCUGAAUGAUAAAAAUUUGAUUCCUACCAUAUCUUCUUGUAAGUUUUACCUUUCCUUUGAAAAUUCGAUCCACAAAGAUUACAUCACGGAAAAACUCUACAAUGCCCUUCUGGCUGGUACAGUCCCUGUCGUUCUAGGUCCAUCAAGGGAAAACUAUGAGAAUUUUAUUCCGGGAGACUCUUUCAUUCAUGUUGAAGAUUAUAGUUCUGCCAGUGAGCUAGCCAAAUAUCUUAAGGAGCUAGACAGAAAUGAUAAGCUCUAUCUCAGUUACUUUAACUGGAGGAAGACCUUCACAGUGAAUCUGCCACGGUUCUGGGAAACACACGCAUGCUUAGCUUGCGACCACGUGAAGAGACACCAAGAAUACAAGUCCGUUGGCAAUCUAGAGAAAUGGUUUUGGAAUUAACAUUUGCCAUCACUUGCACACUUACUAGAGGAUUCUGAUGGAAUCGAUUUCAAGCUGUGAUAAUAAAGAGAGACAUCAAUCUGUGUUCUGUACCACAGUUGACUCAACCAUACUCUCUUGGGUACCUUAUUUAUAUUAUGUUAGUUUUAAAGAUCAACAUCAGCAGUCUUCAGCAUUCAAUUUUAAAUUAUACUGCAUAUAGCUAAUUAUCUGCACUGAAAUAUAAUUUAUUGUUUACUAUCAUUUUUAAUCAAUGUUUAGGUUUUUUUUCCACAUUUGGGUUAGGCUGUCAGAAAUAUAAAUUUGUUAUUUGAUUGUUGGGGUUCUACAUUGAUCAGCUGCUUAAUCUUAUUUGGAAAAUGAAGACCAAGAUUAUAGUAUCAUGGAGUAUUUCCAUUUAAUUCUUUCCUCUGUAAUUUAUUUUUCCACAAUGUAACAAGGAAGGAAUGUGCCACAAAUGAAUUACAACUAAUCUUUUUGUAUUCUCAAGAUUAACAAAGGGCAAAGUUGCCUCCCUUUUCAUCUUAUCUGAAUACUAUGUUUGCGAAGGCAGUUAUUAAUGCAUUAAAAAGGAAAAAAGAACAAACUCUUAAUGGAGCAUUAGUAUGUUAUCCAGAAAUCUAAUCAACCAUUUGUUGCAUUACAAUUUACAACUGUAUACUUUUACUUUCAUUAUCUUAAGAUGGAGUAUUGGAGUACUAAGAAAAACCUAUUCACUCACAAUUUUAUCAUCUAGGAAAUGGCAUAUCAGCAACUUUUAAAUGAUAUACCAGACUAUUUCCACUUUGAUAAAAGAAUUACAACAAAAAAAAAAUUUCCCCUAGCAGCAAAAGAGAGGUAUUAGAGGAAAUACCAAUAAUAAUUAUUAUGAAUGUUAUUUUGAUGUAAAAAAAUUUUUACAUACAAACUAAUAUAUUUUUGCUAUUGUGGCAUAUAUGAAUAACAUCUGAAUAAUUAAUUUUAAGGAUGUCUAUAUAUAUAGGUAAAUUAUUUGAAUGGGCAUUAUCUUUACCAUGAAAAGCCUGAGUAUGUGAGCAAAAUUCUUCCAUGUUUUAUUCAAGUAUUCCUUCUGUGUGUAGUAUUUGUGGCCAUAGUCAUGGCCAUAGUUCCCAAGUGCUUUACAGAAUUACAGAAAUGCCUGAGAAACAGGAUCAAAUGUGAUCACUUGACAAAGAAAGAGGCCAGGGAGAGAAGAUAUAGUGCAGAGUAGGGGCCAAAGGAAUGCGUCUCUAGAAGGCUCUAUAAUACUUUCAUUCUAUCUGAACUGUCCAGAAGUAGUAAUAGGACUGCCUCUCCGAUCCUGAGUUCUUCAUCACUAGAGGGCUUCAAGUAGAAGCUGGAUAAAUCUGGUCAGGGAUAAUGUGGAAUUCGAUUCUACUCAGAUACCAAUGGGGCUAGAUGACCUGAGAUCCUUUCCAGCCCUUAGAUUACAAGUCACAUACUUGCAUGUACUAGUGAGUGGAUUUUAAAUGAACAUUUUUCAUUUUAAUAAGAAAAUAGCCUUUUUCUCCAUUCUACAUAGCUAACAAUACUCAGAUUAAGGGUGGUUAUGAUGCAGGUUUUUCUCCCUUUUGUUUAACAGAAUUUUUCACUCAAUAUUCUAACUGCUACAUAUUGGAUAAUACUGACUAUCUGUUUGAGAAAAGAAAAUUUCACAUUAAUUUAUUUUAGGAUUUCAAAAUACAUGGACUUGAAUACUUAUUCCUAAGGUAUUUGUUAUUUAUUAUGUCAAAGAAAAUUAAAAUGGGAAGAGGAAGGAUUGUUGAAGGCAUAUUUCAAAAGCCCUAAGGCAGGCUAAGACUAUGUAAACUUGAUUUUCUUUGAAAGCUUAAAAAACCAGUCACAAUAUCCUAAAAUCUGACCUAUGCUGACUGGUGAUGUCCUUAUAAAUAAAGAGGGAGCAGCUCUGGAGAUCAAGAGAACUAGAUUCUAGUUGCCUCAGCUGCUGUCUGAUUUGGGGUAAGUUCAAAAUCCUUUAUUCACCUUGGCUCAUCUCUAGCAGAAUUGCAUAGCCACAAUUGUAGAAGCAUCAAUUUUCCUGCUCCUGAUAUGUUAAAGAAAAGGGACCAACAUUUCUGUUCUCUGUCUCUAGAUAAUGGACUUUUAUAAAUGGAAAGAACCUUAGAUAUCUGUUAUUUUAAGUUAUUAAUAAAAUCAUCUCAUUUUAAAGAAGAGAAUAUUGAGUCUCAGGGAAGUUGUGCUUGCCCACAAUCAUGCAGCUAAUAAAUGGCAAAAAUCAAUCUAGAACCCAGAUUUCCUGAAUCCCUGUCCACUGAUCUUUCUGGAAACCAUGCUGCCUUGAUAGUGCAGCUGUGCCUCAGUUUCUACAAAGGAAGAAAAAAAUUUAUUGAUACUAGUACACCCUAAUCAAAUGAAUCCUCUACAUGGACACACAUUGACUUUUCAGAAGAAAAGUACUAAAUCUAAAAUGUGGUAUUAUCUUUCUGGAUAAGAUAUUUCAGGAAAUUUUUGUUUAAAUGUGUUACCAAUACAUACUAAGGGAAAUACAAUACACAAAAGGGCAUUCAUGCUCAAAUAACUUGAAUAAUGCCUGUUGAAAUGUGAAAUUCCUUUAUUAUUCCUACUUGUGCAAAGGUAUGUUGAUUCUGUGGUGUAGAUUGCUGUUAAUUUUUAAAUGAAAUUCUCAAAGCUGUGAAUGCUUUAUGGAUAUAAAGAUUGUAUAAACUACAGAAUUUUAGUGUUCUUUAUUCCAAAAUGUAAUGAAAAUUGUAUCUCUGGUAUUCUAAUGUUUCUUUAAAUCAUAUUUAUGUUAAGGUCUUAAAAGAAUGAUAGGAUAUCUUCAAUUUUCUAAAAUCAGCAGCACUUUAAUAUAAAAUUUAAUAUAAAAAGAAUCCAUAAUAAGCAUAAAUGUUACCGGCUUAAGCUGCCAAAAAUAAAAUCGGAAAGGAAGACUAAUGUAAACCUAAAACACUGAUCAAAUUACCAAUGCUAAAACAGAGUAUUGGGUAAUAUUGUCUGCUGCAGAGCCUUUGAAGGCCCAGGGCACUUUCAGGUCUAAAUCAAGUGGCAGGACAUGUAGGACUUAUUGGUUUAAGCAUUUAUUUCUUCAACUUUCAACCUGCCCAGUCUUCACUCUGCAUUUCAGGUCAUUGAAAACUUUUUCAAAAAGAUCAGAAAAUUAUGUUAGAUAGAAAUAGCUAUUAGACUGCCAGUUUUCAAACUCCUACCAACAUAUUAAGCAGAGGUUCUGAGAAGAGAACUAAGUAUUGGGUGAUGGUUCAGAAAUUAUCUCAUCUCUUUUUAAUGAAACACUCAGGUUAGAGCCUAUCUCUGAGAUCCACUGAACUUUCACAAUGAAAUUUCAAUAAGAUGGAAAAUGCUUAAUGUUUUGUAUGACUUUAAAUAAUAAAAUAGUCUACAGGAUACUCCAUUGUGUUAGGAAGGAUAUAGAAUGGGUUUUUGGUUCUUCAGCAAAUUUUUUAAAAAACUAAAUGUCACAGUUCUAAUCUACAUGUGCCAAAUGUAAGUAAUGUUUCACAUUUUAUUUGAUCUAUUAUUUAUCCAUUUGGUCAAUUGAUGCCCUUGGGGGUUGAGAUCAACUCUUACUCAUAGAUAGUUCAUGUUUUGCUAAAACAUACCAGAUUUACUGAUUAAAAGACUAUUUCUUAUGCCUACCUAUGAGCACUAAAUGAUUAUUUUAAGAAUUAUUUUAAGUUCUUCCAAUAUUUGAUUAGAGCAUAAUUGAUCAUCUUCUCAUAUUACGCAAGCUAGAAAAUGGUCUUAGAAUAGAUUUAAGAGGGAGGGCAAGAUUCUCCAACUUUUAAGAGGACUAACUCAGUCUGCCAUUCUUAGAGGCAGAAAUAAGGACUAAAACAUCUCAGAAAUUAUCUUUUUACCACUAUGUUAAUUCUGAAAACAAAGACAGAGAAUACUUCUAUAUAAGACUAAAAAAGAGCCUGGGGAUCUUAAUGUUUUAACUAUAUGUCACUAAAACAGAACAAUUGUUUUCACAAAGUAAAACCAAAUUCAAAGAAUUUGGGGACAGUAUAAUGCCCAAAUGAUAUACAAAAAGUAUUAUAUUAAUGAGCAAUGUGAUACAAUGGAAAGAAUACUGGCUUUAAUGUCAGAUAAUGGGUUCAUAUCUUGCCUUUGUGUGGCACUUUAAGGUUUGCAAAGCAUUUUACAGAUAUCUCAUUUAAUCCUCACAAUAAACCUGGGCAGUAGGUGCUAUUUUCCCCACUUUACAGAUAAGGAUCUGAGGCAGAGGUUAAAUUUCUUGCCCAGGGUCACAUAACUAGUAAGAAUUUAAAGCUGGAAUUGGACUCAAUUUACUGUUUCUAUGUCCAUUGCUCUAUCCAUAAUGAUCUUUAUCAAAUUAUUUAACCUCUCCAUUCCUUAGUUUCUUGAUCUGCAAAAUGAGGUUGGAAAGUAUAGCCACUAUAAUAGUCCCUAUCAGCUACAAUUGUACACAUUGAAAGCUGUUUUACCUCUUACUUGCCUCUAUUAUAUGUACUUGUUUUAUUGCUAAGUUCUGAUCAUCAGAGAUACUCAGUUAUUUUCACAGAGAUUUUUAUCUAGACAUUUUAGUAUCAUUUCACAUGUAAGUUUAGGCAUUUUCCUAGAAGUCUUUUUUUUUUUUGAUCCUUACAGAAGAGAGGUAAGAGCUAGGCAAUGGAGAUUAAGUGACUUGGCCAGGGUGACAUAUCUAGGAAGUAUCUGAGAUUAGAUUUGAACCCAGGACUAGAUCUCAGUCCACUGAGGCACCUAGCUGCACUUUUAUAAGAUUUUUUCUGACUGAGUUUUAUUGGGUAUUUUGUAGAUGAACCAGAGAGAUUCUAUAAAGAUAGUCAUGAUUUCAUUUUUAUCAUCACCAUCAUUCCUACUGGGUAAUUUGCUAAAGCCUCAGAGUGACUCUAACCCUAGUUGUAUUAUCAUUGGCAAGUCACUUAACCUUUCUGGAUGACAAUUUUCUCGUCUACGUGUUCCUUUCAAUUCUAAAACCUGAUAAAUGCAUUUCUCAAGGACGUAAUGAAGAGUUAAAAAAGGAUCACCUGAAGUUAUUACAGAGAAAGCUUUGGGCUUGGUAUCUGGGUUUUCUCUUAAAUAGUUGGAUGACUUUGGAUAAAUGAUUUCUCCCCUCUGAAACUGAACUUUUAUACCUGAAAAAUUGGGAGGCUAGACUAGAUAAUCUCCGAUACCUUCCAUCUUCAUUUUCCAUGAAAUGUACGUGGGUUGUAUAUGAUGGGCUCUUCCUCAGUCAAGAAUCCCUGCUAAGUAGUUUUUUGAGAAUAAAUUUUAAUAAAAUUCAUCUAUACAAAUAAUUAAAAGUUAACUGAAUGCCCAAUUAUCUAAAAGUUGACUUAGAUAAUAAUAGACAGCUUGAGAAAGGUAUUUGAAGGUUAAUAAACUAAAAGAACUGUCUUUGGAAGAAAGUAAAUAUAACAUUGGUAGAGACACAUUUGUGAUUUUUGUAUUUCAUAGAUUAAUUGGCAUGUGUACAUGAGUGAUGUUAUUGGAUUCAUAUUGGGUGACAUCAUCAAAUACAUUAUUUCCUAAAUCAUUUUGGAAAAAAAGAUGGGAAUUAUUUUUCUCCUAUAGAUGAUCUAGAAUCAGAUUAACUUGACACAAGAAAAGCAGUUAUAAAUUGGUCUGAUACCUCCUUUCCAAAGAAUUAAUGAAUAAAGUGAUAGUGCUUUAACUUGCAAAGAAUAAUGUACAAUUCCAAUACAUAUGGAAUAUUUUUUAUUUAAGGAACAGAAAUGAUGUGAUUAUCAGUAAGCCUCUUACUAAUGUCUUUGAACUUGAAUAACAGAAAUAAGAUUAAUACUGAUAAUCUAUACAACAGAAAUAAGACAGUUUUUUAAGAGAUAGUAUGACAACUAAGAAAAUAAGGUAGAUGCCACCAGGAGAUAUAGAAAUAUGUGUAAGGACAAAGAGAAAGAAUGGCCCUGGAAAUACUAAGUGAUUGCGAUAAUAUACCCUAAAAUGUCUGUUGGAAAUAAUCAUUGGUUUUCUCACUCAAAAUAUCAGAAAACAGGUCUAGAAUUUGAUUUUUUUUGCCCCAAGUUCAUAGGAAACCAAAUGGGCACGAUAAGCUCUGUGAAAGUACAGUAUGCCCAAAUGUUUCUUGGAAUUUCACUUAGGACAAGUUCCCAAUUAUCAUACUGAAUUUCUCUAAAGGAGUAUCUACAAAAAGGCAUGUCAUAUGUUUAAGGUGACUUCUUGUAUACAUGACUGUAUUCUAAUUUGAUUACUAAGAGUAAAGGAAAGAGAAAAGCAGGCUCUGCAGAUAUUGCUGCUGAACACUGAAUUAACAACCUGGAUGGCUCAUUAUACUGAGAAAUAUGUGCUCAAGCUACCACAGAGGUGCUCAAGCUCAUAUUUACUUCAUUAGCCAUCAUCAGUGUUGUAGAUAAGACAAUCAUAGAAUAUAACUUCCUCAUCUAAUGAGAGAUUGCCAAAGAAGAGAUUAGCAUCAUUUAGAGAAGGGAAAGUGGCUUCAGUGUCCUGUAAUGAGAUGAGGAUUUUCCUAUUCUGGUUUUUCAUGUUAAGAGCUCUUGAAUAAAUCCAAAAUAUCUGAUUAGCUGUGUGGAAAAAGGGUAGAUGACCCAGUUUUGAGUGAUUGUAACAAGUAGCAUUGUUACUCAAUAUUGUAACAAGUAGCGUUCAAGAAAGAAUUCAUCUAAGAACAAGGACCAAAGUGUUUGAGGUCAAAUUAUAUUAUUUAGAUAAGAAAGUAUUUCAGGUUGGAGUUAAUUCCCAUUACAUUAAAGUGAGCUCUUGAUUUAGAGAAACUAUUGGAAGUUAUAUGCUGUUACGGAUAUAAAAGGGACGCAGGAAAAAAUUUCAAGUUUUAUUUCUGGAUAAAAAGAUUUUUGUCUCUAGAACCAUGUAUCUUAUGACAUCUUUCAUGAGAAUUAAUUAUUAGGUUUUAUUUGGUUUGUGAGGAACCAUGUUAUAUCAGCAUUUGUGCUACUUUAUUGAAGUAAAAUGAUUUCUCUUUUUUGAAAAGACUUUUCAAUAAAUUCAGACAUGCCUAAGCAAAUAAUAAGCAUGUUGUCAGGUCAUUCCCCAGGUCAGAAUAUACUUAUGCUUUUCUUGAGAUGAAUCUAAAUCAGUGAAUUGGGGUCAUGGAUUAAUUCUAUCUUCAGAGAAACAUCUCUGGGUAAGAAGAUUUUUUUUUUAGAAAGUGAAAAGUGGGUAAAUCCAGGGCUAAAACAACAUUAAAAAGCAUGAGGAGCAAAACAGAAACAGCCAGUGGAGGGGUGGAAAUCUCUGGGCCAGUAAGGUCCUUACUAGUUGUAUGUUCAUUUGACCAAGGUAUUCAACUUCUGUGAACCUCACUAGCUUCAUCUGCAAAAUGAGGUUAGGCUAACUGAUCUCUAAUAUUCCUUCUGGCAUUAAUAUUCAAUUAUAUUCUAUUAAAUAUGAGAUAGACUAUCCAAUGCAUCCAAAGGCCAGUAAAUAUUUUGUCAGUGUGUCUGUAUUUUCUCAUUCCAGUGGAUGAAACUAUGUUCUUCCAUAUUUUUUUCAAACUUUACCACAUUGUGUGUCCUGCUACUCAUUGCAAGUUGGUGGCUCAGUCAAAACAUAACUGAAAGGAAAGGACUAACCUAGCCAUACACAAAAGUACAGACACAGAGGCAAUGCCAUAUUUAUAUCCCUAUGUCUGGACUCAUGGUAUUAAAUAGCUAAAACAUUUUAAUCAUAUUUCAAUUAAAGAAACCAGACUGGGAGUCAAAAUAUCUUUUUGUUUAUUUACCAAAUGAUAUUUACUCAUUAUGUUACUCUGGGCAUCUUCUUUGGUCCUCAGUUUCCUCAUUUGUAAAAUGGAAGAACUGAACUACGUGGUUCAGUUAUUCCUCUGUCAAAGGGACUAUAGCAGAUUCCAUGCUUCAUAUCUCAGUCUUCUUUGGUAGUUAACAAUAAAAAGAUCACAUUGAUUUAGAUGGUUCAGGAAUAUGGAUAAAUAAGCAAAUACUUCUGAGUUCAUUGUUAUGCCCGUGUUUUUUGUGGUCAUCUGCCAAAGGGCUUCUCCUCUUGGGAGUGUGGAGAAAAGGAGAAUAGAAAUAGUGAGAUGAAGGAUGAUACAGUGCAGAGAAACUGAUCUGAGAUGAUGGGCUAUGUUCAAAUGCUGAUUCUGUCCUUUUGCUACCUUCACUUAGUCAUGUUACCUCUGUGUACUCAGUUUAUUUGACUGUAAAAUAGAAGGAACUGGGUGCUUCCUGACCUCUAAUGUCUUUCCCAGCUCUAAAUUUAUUAUCUUAUUUUCAGAACAUUUAAAGAUGCACUGGAGAAGGCUGACUACCUAGUUUCUGGACCUCCUGGGGACAUUCACUUCUUAUCUUUUCCUGUUUCCAUCUAUAAUUUGACUGUCUCAAAGCCUCUGUCAUAAGGAAAAAGAAAAAGAUGGUGGUACUCACAUUGAUUUUGUUACAACUUAGAAACUUUAAUAAAACAAAAACUAUGGAAGGAGAGGGUAGAAUUAAUGGUCCUAUGAGGCUUCAUGGUUAUCUAUGCACUUCUUAUUCAUCUCUACUUUUCAUCACACAGAAUUAAAAUUUUAUAUACCAUAGUAACUUGGUUCACACUCCAGCAAGGCACGGCUGUGUAACACUGAGGCAAUGUGUCACCAUAUUCUAGGCCAUGUGUUCUUAACUCUGGCAUUCAUAAAUGUAUUUGUUUUCAUUGAUAAUAAUAUUUCGAUAUUUAUGAUCCUAUAUAUUUUAUGUAUUUAACAACAUUAUUCUGAGAAGAAGUUUAACCAGACUUCUAAAAGGGUCCAACUCACCAAAAAAAAAAAAAAACCAUUAAGAGCCCAUCUAACAAAUGAGUAAGCUAAAAAGUUCCCAUUUUCGAAAUGAUUAUGAUGAUAUUUAUGCUAUGCUGUGUUAAUGCACUGUAAUUUUGCACUAUUUUGUUGCUUUUGUUGUUUUCUUAAUCAAAUAUUGGAAGAAGAAAAAAACAAUACCCAGAAAACAAAUGCCAAAUGUACAGUUUGUAAAUUAAUAUUUUUUGACUUAGAUUUCAUUACAUUGUGACAAUAGUGUUAUUAUAUAAACUGUGACUGUAAUGUAUCAUUGUGAUGUUGUCCUGCAAGGGCCAUUCCAAGCACACUAAUUAAUCAUCUUGAUUUUUCUAUAAAGAUAAAGCCACACAUUAAUCAGAAAUUACUUUUCUACUUAUUUUUCUGUAGAGUAUUUUUCCACACUUAAAGGCAACACAAUCGUUUUAUAUUGAGCAUCAAUUUUCCUUUAGAAUAAUUAUUUUAGUAACCAAUGCACAUUUGAAAGCAGAAGUGUUGGAAAAGAAAGAUGCUAGUGGAGAUGCUCAAAUUGGGUUAAUAUUCAAUGGAGAAAUAGAGAAGACUGGUGAGUCCAACAUGUUCUAUAAGGAGCAUUUAUACACUGCCAGUACUCCAAACCACCUACAAGCUCCUCCUUUGAAUAUGUGUGCAUGACUCAAGCCCUUUCAAAAGCUCAUUGUGAGUGUUUGGUUAUGUGAAACAUUAACUUUGAUGCCAGUGGACCAAUUACCAGUGUUGUUUUGGCUUUAUACAGUUUUGCAGAAAAAUGUAGUAAAUUUUUCACCUCACCCCAAUCUUCCAUCUGGGGGUUCUAUGUUGGAUGUGUUUUGCAGCAAUUUGACAUUAAGAAAUACCAAAAAUAAAUAAUUCUCAUUAAUCUGUUCCAUAUUGCAGAAUUUUGCUUCUGGCUGCUUUCCCCUCAUACAAUUAAAAAAAAUCAUUAUCCCACAAAUCAAUUAAUAAAAAAUUUUUAAAAGAAAAAAAUUUAGCAGACCUUCUUCACUACUACUGACAAGCAUGUAAAACCAUUUUUAAACAAAGUCAAGUUGACAAAUGGCAAGCAAUGAGGUCAAUUCAAAUUAUUUGGGUUAAAAGAAAGAAAUCCUCAAUCUCUAUUCUUUCCAUCCAUUGCUUGGAGAUGUUCAGGCCAAACACAGGGAUUUCAUUUGAGUUAUCUUAUUAUUUUUAGGUUUGGAUAUCUAGCCUGAAAUUGCUAGGAAUGUUCAGAAGUACUUAUUAAUGAUAAAAAUGACUAGUUUCAAUAGGAUUGGAUGAAAUAAUAUACCUGACAUUGAUGGUGUGGAAAAAUCCUGUGCAGUACUUUUGAAAGCAUUACAUUUAUUUUUUAAGUUAUGUGUAGCUUUUCCCCUCCUUCAAGGAAACUAGUCAUUUGCCAAAAUUGAAUGAGGCCAAUACAUAAUAUGAUUUAUUAUAAAACAUCUGUGUUAGCAGGCUGAAAACAAAGAGUGGUAUUCCUAUUUAUUUAUAAAAUAUAGCUUCCUGUGAGAUCAAUUUAACUAUUUCAGUGGAAGGUAAAGAGAUCUGAUAGCCAAUAUUCCAGAUAAAGAUCCCUAUGACAAGAUUUGAUAUAAAGUAGGAGAAGAAUUUCAGCCCAAAUGAUGAGCCAGCAGCUGUGCCAUCCACAUAUACAAACUGACCUGCCCUCCACUGUCUCUGAUGUACAUAUCAUUGAACAAACAAUGACCUGGACUUUAUUUCCUCCCCCUCACUGGAGUCAACUGUAUUCUAAAGUUGCAAUCACAUGUACAUAACAUAGUUUUUUAAAGGCAGCUAAGCUAACUUGGGUGACAUGUUUUAAUAAGCCAUGAAAGGCAAAAUGCCAGAGCAUAUCUAUCCAUUCAGUCACUCCUUGGAGAACUCCAUUUUGAUCCAAACAUAAAGCUCUGUUCAAGCAGGAAAUGACACCUGAAAUGUUUUUCCCUCAAAAUUUAUUGCAAUGGGGAUCCUGCUCAUCGAAGUCUUUCUGGACUUAGUGAAGAAAUGGAGUUACUUGCUCUACUUUUAAUUUUGUGACAUUUUAUUCAGAUGUCAAUACAGACUUCAGAAAUGCUUACUUGGAUCCCAAGAUGUAUAUGGAACUUUAUCAAAGUUUCUCAGUCUGGCUGCAAAAGAUAUGAUCUCCUAGAAGCCUCAUUUCCUGCAUUACUUGUAAGCCCCUCACUGAGUUUGCCCAGGAGUCAUCCCUAAAGAGUAAACACUGGAUAUGUAAAUAACAGUGCUCUAUACAUGCCUAACAAAUUGCUGUAAUGGGUAUAUUUAAAAUAAAAGGAAACAAUUUAAACACA